UAAAGAGGCACUCCUCCCCUAAAAUCUCACAAUUCCUACUUGGUUCAGUAGCAGUACUCUAGCUGUAGCCAUGGCUUCCGAGAAACUCACUGCCACCAUUUUGAUCCUAUCCCUCCUUUUCUUCUCAACAUUCUCCAGUGCUUGCGGUCCUUGCCAACCUAAGACUCCCCCAACAGAACCAACUUGUCCCAGAGACACAUUGAAGUUAGGAGCCUGUGCUGACAUCCUUGGACUUGUUAAUGUUGUUGUUGGAAGCCCACCUUAUAGCAAGUGCUGUCCUCUGCUUGAAGGCUUGGCUGACUUGGAAGUUGCCUUGUGUCUUUGCACUGCUAUUAAAGCUAGUGUGCUUGGAAUUAACUUGAAUGUGCCGGUUGCUCUAAGCGUACUUGUCAGUGCAUGUGGCAAAUCUAUCCCUCCUGGCUUCAAAUGUGAAUGAAAAAUAUAAUUUCUGGCCCAUAUUGCAUUUGUUUUGUGUAGCUUGUCAGUGUUUUUGCAAAACGUGAUCUUGUUGUUGGGUUUCUAUUAAUGCUUUCUUCUUACAGUUAAUGUCUUAGAGGAAGGGCAAUGUUACAUUCUGUGUGAUGUGUUCCAAUAACCAGGCAAGCUUGUUUGCCUAGGUCUUGUGUAUUUUUUCAUGUUUAUUGUAACCCCAAUUUCUUUUGUAUUACUUUACAUUACUUGAUCAAUUGGGUUUGGACGUGUAUUA